AUGUUUCAUUCAUUGUCAACAUCAUUACAAAGUUAUAUAUCAAAAAUGAAAAUUAUUAUCUUAUUUAUUUUAUCUGUAUUUUUAUUUAGCACAGCCAUUUUAGGGUUAAGGGUACAUAAAGAUCAUGUCCCAAGAUGUUCAACAUGUAAAUCUAUUGUUGGAAAUAACUUGAAUACAUUCAAGUCUGUAUUAUCACCAUCUUCAUGUGAUGAUUUAUGUAGCAAUUUGGAUAGUCAAGAACAAUUAAAUUGUAAUAGUAUUUGUUCGUUUAUUGGAGUUGAAAAGUUGAUGAAUUCAAUCAGAUCAAACGGUGCCACUGGUGAAUCAGUUUGUCAAUCAUUAAACAUUUGUCAGGUUCAACAACAAGAUGUUAGAAUCAUUGGUAACAAUUUCCAUUAA